GCCUCCCGGCCCUGCUUCUGCAGUCGCUGUCGACUCCAUUUUGUCGGUAGAGGCAGAAGGAGAAGGUCGGGUUGUAGAAGCUGGGGUGGCCGGCAGCUCGCUCAUCGGUGUUCGUGGGCUUUGUCGGUCCGUGCCUCGUCUCUCCCUGGAAAGGGAGGGAGGCUUCGACGUCGAGAGGGAGCCGCUGCCGCGUUAGUUCCGAGCUUGAAGUCACUAGGACUUCUCUCAAACUUGUGUGCUGAGGAGACUCAGAUGUUGGCCUCAGCUCCUAGGCUGAACUCAGCAGAUCGGCCCAUGAAAACUUCUGUAUUGAGACAAAGGAAGGGAUCUGUCAGAAAGCAACACUUGUUAUCCUGGGCUUGGCAGCAAGGAAGAGGACAGGUAGUGGAAAUCCUGCAAUCUGAAAAGCAGACUGAAAGGUGACAAAGAAGCUGAAGAUGGGUGGUGGAGAGAGGUAUAACAUUCCAGCCCCUCAAUCUAGAAAUGUUAGUAAGAACCAACAACAGCUUAACAGACAGAAGACCAAGGAACAGAAUUCCCAGAUGAAGAUUGUUCAUAAGAAAAAAGAAAGAGGACAUGGUUAUAACUCAUCAGCAGCUGCCUGGCAGGCCAUGCAAAAUGGGGGGAAGAACAAAAAUUUUCCAAAUAAUCAAAGUUGGAAUUCUAGCUUAUCAGGUCCCAGCUUACUUUUUAAAUCUCAAGCUAAUCAGAACUAUGCUGGUGCCAAAUUUAGUGAGCCGCCAUCACCAAGUGUUCUUCCCAAACCACCAAGCCACUGGGUCCCUGUUUCCUUUAAUCCUUCAGAUAAGGAAAUAAUGACAUUUCAACUUAAAACCUUACUUAAAGUACAGGUAUAAAAUAAGACAAAUGUUUAAAUUUAGUUAUGUUCACGGAUAGUUGUCAAUUGGUCUGAAAUUCGCUAGGGAAUCUAUUUUUGUAGAACUAAUUAAUGUAAAAAAAAUAGACUUCAUUUCGUGUUGUGUGCACUGUGAUAUAAUGGUAGUAUCAGUGCAACUUAAACUAAUGAUUGUACUUGAUAUUAAGUGUUCUCAACUGAGUAACUUUUAAGUGGAAACCAAGUUUAGAUUUGGGGAGUGGUAAAGGAAUCAGCUUUUUCUAUUGUUAGGGGAAGAUAGUAAUUUAUCAUUCAUGGACCAGUAGAUUGUUGAAAGUAAGUUGGUGAAUCGGAUUAUAAGCUUCUAGCUAACACAAGGAUUCAGAAUUAGGUAAACAUCUGAAGGUUUAGUAUAUUAGAAACACCCAAACCAGUAAAUGCUAACCUGAUGCACUGCUGAAAGAAAAUGUGAAUUUUUCAUAAUAAUUGCAUUUUAGUGAAUUGUACAGUGGGUGGAAAGGGCAUUUGGAGCUCAUUAGAAUGAGCCACAGUACACCCCAAUGGCCCUGUUUAUUAAAUGUAGUGGAUUAAGUGUCUGUCAACAAAUACACCAAAACCAUUUUUUAUAGAAACAGUAUUUAAUGGUCACUCAAUAGCUUUCAAAAUACAGUUUUGUAUUACAGCACUGCACAAGCUAUUCUAAUAGUGAUCUGGCCUCAUCAUUCCUGCAAAGCUUGCUUUGGGGAGUUGGAUAAUGUGAAAAUUUUAAGUACCUAGGGGAGAAAGAGCCAUGUAAAUAUCUGUAAUAAACUUGUAGCAUAUGUAAAGUUUUCUUGGCCUUUAUCUUACAAAAAUGGAAUAUUUUAGUAUGAAUUUGCUGAAUGUAAGACCGUGGACUGUUUUUUAUAAUAUGGCCUAAUUUUAAAGGUCCAAAAUAACUUGUUUUUAAAGUUUGCCCUUGUGCUAAAGUGCCAGUGUAUGUAUGUUAUACUUGAUUUAGUUGUAAACUAUAUUUCAAAGUAAACCCUAGUGUAAUAAGUUUUAUAACUAUAAAGGUUUAAGCUGCUAAAACUAUUUUUAAGAGAUGUGAAAUGCAGUAUGGGACUAUCUUUUUUUCCUCCUCUAAGCCCAAAGAUUAACUAGAGUCCCUCCAACCUUAUAGAUUUUUGGCUUUCACAAUCUUAUAACCUAGGAUACAGGUAGUUUCGAGUAUGGUGCCAGUGAUGUUUGGUUUUUGUUUGGUCAAGGGGUAGGUGCAACCCAAUGGACCACUUAUGCAAAAGAUGUAAACUCUUGCAUAAUACAUUGAUAACAUGUUUUGCCAACUUUAAAUGCUUAAACAUAAGCGAAACCAGUAGCAAGUAUGUGGGUCAGUUUAAAAUUUUUGAUUGUUAAUGCCCUAUUUUCUAAUUUGGCACCUCUUUUGAUGCCUAAGCAGGUAAGCAGAUGCCUAAGCUGUACUUCUCCAAAUAAAUCAAGAUGAAGUACUGCCCAAGUUAAAUAUUGAUAGCCUAAAGACAAGUUUAUGUAGUACUUAAUGUACAUGAUAUGAAGCAUAAAAUUAAAUAAAAUUUUCCCCCAUUGGCUUGGUUUUAUUUUAAAAA